CUGACAACCGACAUGACCACACCUGCUGAAAAGGCCUGCCUGAUCGUCAUCGACGGCUGGGGCGUCUCCGAGAGCGCCGAUGCCACGGGCGAUGCCAUCCGCAACGCCAGCACGCCCGUGAUGACCGACCUGGCUGCCCGCUACCCAUCCACCACCCUGGCUGCCCACGGCCUCGCCGUCGGCCUGCCCGACGGCCUCAUGGGCAACUCCGAGGUCGGCCACCUUAACGUCGGCGCCGGCCGCAUCGUCUACCAGGACAUUGUCCGCAUCGACCUGUCGAUCCAGACAAAGACCCUCGGCGAUCAGCCGGCCCUCGUCGCCGCCUUUGAUCGGGCCAAGAAGGGAAACGGCCGUCUCCACCUGCUCGGGCUGGUCUCGGACGGCGGCGUGCACUCGCACAUUGUCCACCUGUUCAACAUCCUCGAUGCCGCCAAGAAGCACAAGGUGCCGUCGACCUAUAUCCACUUCUUUGGCGACGGCCGCGACACGGCGCCCCGGUCCUCGGCCACGUAUAUGGAGCAGCUCCUGGCCCACACCAAGUCGAUUGGCUAUGGCUCGGUGGCCACGGCGACGGGCCGCUACUAUGCCAUGGACCGCGACAAGCGCUGGGAGCGCAUCAAGAUUGCCUUUGACGGCCUGGUCCAGGGCAAGGGCGAGGAGACCAGCGACAUUGUCGCCACCAUCCACGAGCGCUACGCCAAGGACGAGACGGACGAGUUCCUCAAGCCCAUCAUUGCCAACAAGGACGGCCUCGUCGGCGACAACGACACGCUGGUGUUCUUCAACUACCGCUCGGACCGCAUGCGCGAGAUCACGCAGGCCUUUGGCAUUGCGCCGAUCCCGUUCGAGACCGAGAAGGCGCCCUUGAACAUUUCCAUCACCACCAUGACCCAGUACAAGGGUGACUAUCCCUUCCCUGUCAUCUUUGCUCCCCAGACCAUGGACAACGUCCUCGCCGAGUGGAUCAGCAAGAAGGGAAUCCGCCAGAACCACAUUGCAGAGACCGAAAAGUACGCCCACGUCACCUUCUUCUUCAACGGCGGCUCCGAGAAGCAGAACGUCCACGAGGACCGCGAGCUGAUUGCCUCGCCCAAGGUCGCGACAUACGAUCUGCAGCCCGAAAUGAGCGCCAGCGGGGUCGCCGAGAAGGUCGCCGAAGUCAUCGCCACCAACAACUAUCCGUUUGUGAUGUGCAACUUUGCUCCUCCGGACAUGGUCGGCCACACCGGCAAGUACGAGCCAGCCAUCAAGGGUGUCGAGGCCACCGACAAGGGAAUCGGCGUCAUCUACGAGGCCUGCAAGAAGCACGGCUACGUCCUGUUCAUCACUGCCGACCACGGCAAUGCCGAGAAGAUGCUUGCCGAGAACGGUCAGCCCCACACGGCCCACACUUGCAACCCGGUUCCCUUCAUCAUGACCUCCACUCGACACAACUUUGCUCUGCGAAGCGAUGCGGCUCUGUGCGAUGUUGCCCCCACCAUCCUCGAGGUCAUGGGUCUUGACAUCCCCGCCGAGAUGAGUGGCAAGUCCCUUAUCGACAGACCUGUUGCUGCGGCCCGGAGCAGCAAAACAUGCUCCAUUAUUUAGUUUCAGUAGCUUCGCCCGAUGAAUCCUCCUGGGCAACAUACGCCGCGCUGCUUCAACUGCGAUUGCGCCAUUGUCGUGAUGGUUUGGCUGUAUGCUACUCAAGCCGCAAACUCCCUGUUAAGCAACACUCUGUCUGUGCUGGCAAGUAUUCUAUGGAGUGUACUUCGACUUUGCUGCGUUUCAUAAAUUGGCAGCAGACACUGCUUCUAAUAAAUGGAUAAGGACACAGUCCACCCCCA